AUGGCAGAUGAGUACUUCUUAGAACACAACGAAUCCUAUUCGGCAUUUUCUUUUGGGGAUAUUUAAUUUUUUGUGAAUUUAAAUGACUUCGAAGCUCCCAUUUUUUAACCCUCCAAAAUUCAUAAUCCUUAUGCAAGUCUGAUUGGGAACUAUUGUAUCCCUGAAUCCUCCAUUUUUUUCAUCAAUAAAGUUGAUCCAAUAUUUGUUGUAAUCAGACUAUUAAGAAAUAAACUAGCAAAUGAGUAGUAAGCCAAGUCUAUUGAGUUUGAGAACAUCUUCGACAAUGAAGACGCUUUUCAAAUUUAUUUAAGUAAAUGCAAAUCCAUAAGGGAGAAUUUUGAUAGCAUAAGUAUCACAAAAGAAGUUGGUGAUGAACUAUAUGUGAAAUUGGACAAAGGAAGACUAUUUCAAUUCUUAGAUGCUAAAUACAAUAACAUUCGCCAAUAUUCCUAAUAAGGUAUUUAUUAUGUAAAUGAUUGCAAUUAAAAAAAAUAAGAUGAAUUUGAGUUAUAAGCUUGCAUUCUAUUUAAAUAAUAUAUGGGCGAUCAGUUAUUCAAUGAGUUUGAGGCGGCAAGGAAGCUUAUUGUACUUAAUUAGAUAGCAAAUUCUAAAGUAGUACUUGAGUAAGUUGAUAGAGAUGAAAAAGCAGAUCGCGUGGAUAAAGAGAACCAAUAGAAAAAGAACACUAACUAAGAGAAAUUAAAGGCUUCCGAAACAAAAACUUUAGAAGCGGGCAAAAAAUGUCACAAAUUGGACUCAUUUUGCAAUAAAAAUAAAGAGUUAUAGUAAAAGUCAUGA